AUGCAAGUCUUUGAACAGAAGCAAUCGUUGUGGCAGAAUAGCAAGACCUGUAAGCAGUUGGAAGCUUUGGCUCAAGAUACACUAGGUACAAACACUCAGGCUGUAAAAAAAGUUCUGUGUUUCGGGCUCGGUGACUUUUGCCGCUCCGCACCUGAAUGGCUAAAAAGGCAGCACGACUCUUGGGAUGAGAACUCAGAGGUGGAAAAUUUGACGGGCUGUAUGAUCCAGCAUUCCAUGGCUCUUACUAUCACUCAAAUUUGUCGUUGCGAUAAAAUAUUGCCAUUACUUGCACAGGACCCAGAUUAUACAGAGGUGGCAGAAGAUAUCCUGACAAAGAAGGGAUUCAAAAUCAUUGGAACUCAUGGUGCAGGUGGAUUCGCGGAAAUCGACGACGACUCGAUCAUAAUAGCACCAUUUACUGCCGCCCCGGUCAAGCAGAUUAUCGCCGAUCUUGCUCGGCCUCUGCUCAUUAUUUCCACCGGCUUUGCGGUUUUUAAUGACAAGCAGUAA